AUGGCAAAUACACCAAUAUUGACUCAAGUACAAAGUCAAAAGAAAAGCGGUGAUGGAACUAAUAAAAUGUUGCCCGUUAUCGAUGAGUAUAUAUUCCAUCCACAAAAUGGAGACAGAACUAUUUACAAGUGCAAAAAUUGUAACGUAAAAAUCACUAUUACUAAAUAUCAUAUAGUCAAUGAAGUAAUUUAUUUUGAUAAGUUUGAAUACAAAAAUGAUAAUGAAACAAAACAUGAUCAUUUGCCUCAAAUUAAAACCAAUUACAAUCAUGAAAUUCACAAAAUACUAGAAGCAGGAACAAAUAUACUUUUACCAACAACAAAAUUGUUGGAUCAAUAUGAAACGAUUAUUCUUACAGACAAAAGAAGAAGAACAACAAUUAAAAGGACAAUAAAUAGGUUGAAAAGUGAAUUAAUUAAAGAUAAACUUGAUGAAUUAUUGACCAGUGAUAAGUAUUAUAUUGAAGAAGAUGAAAACAUUUUUUUGUUAAUUAGUAAGAAAAAAGUAAAUGAACUAAAAGAUCGGACAAUUAUUUAUUUGUGCAUGGACGGUACAUUCAGUUCUUGUCCUUCUGAUUAUGCUCAAUUAUACACAAUACAUGUUAUCUUACAAAAUGGACAAAGUUACACACUUGCACAUUGUCUUAUGUCCAAGAAAAGAGAGAUUGAUUAUAAAAUUUUAUUUGAUACAAUUAAUACUUUUUUGGAAACUGUUUGGGGACACACAUUGAUUAACAAUAAUGUAAGUGUUAUGGUUGAUUUUGAAGAAGCUUAUAUUAAUGCUUUAACAAAACUGGGGUGUUAUAUUCAUGGUUGUUAUUUUCAUUAUACCCAGUGUAUUUGGAGAUGUGUACAAAGAUGUGGACUAUCUAUGUAUUAUACUCCAAAUUCAGUCGUUUGGGAAAUAGUCAAUAAAUUAAAGUUGCUUGCAUUUUACAAACAAAGUGAAAUAGAAAAACGGUUUUAUGAAAUUAAAGAAGAAUCGACUUUUCAAGAAAAGACCAUUGAUAAUAUUAAAACACUUAUAGAUUAUUACGAAAAAAAUUGGAUACUUGGUUGGCCAGUAUUAUUAUGGUGUCAAUUUAACCAAAUGAUUAGAACAGUUAAUUUGAGUGAAAGUUAUCAUUCUGCGCCUGUUAAAAGAAUAAGUUGCAUUAAACCAACGUUGCCAAAAUUACUAAUAAAUUUGAUGAAAAUUGAAGACAAUGAACUCAAAAAAUUGGAUCAAAUGGAUCGAGGUAACAACCAUUUUAUUAAUCGCCUAACCAGAAUAUACAAUCUUACAUUAAAUUACUAUUCCAAAAGUAGUCCAAAAUCUUACUUUGAAUCCAAUCUACUCGAGGAAAUUGAUUCAUACAACUGGAACAAUCUUUACGAAAUAAAUGAUGAAGAAAACGCUCCAACAAUAGACCGCAAAGUAAUUAAAACAAAACCAAUUGAUGAAAACUACAUUGGAAUUAUUAAGGAUAAAUUAAAAGAAAUGGAAUUUACACCGUCGAUAGUACGCACUAAAAAUGUUGAAAUAAUUCAAAAAGUAAAAAUCAAAAAAAACUCUUGGUGGAAUUAA